AACACUAGUGUUUUCAACUUCAAGAUUCUUAGAUUGGUUAUUUAUUGGGAUGGUGGGCAACUAAUUUCAUUCACAAUUUUACAAUUUAGAACACAAUGGCUGAUAUUGAUAGUUUGUUCGAUUGUUUCGAAGAAAAAGAACAAAGUGAAUCUGCUGUUCAUUUCCCAAAUCUGAAAAAAGAGGAUCCUCAACCAUCUCAAGAACAGACAAGCAACAAACGACCUCAUGAGCUGGUUGAGUAUGCAGAUACAAGUCAGGCAAAAAAAACAAAACCAGAUGAAGAUGAUGCAGAUUUGAUUAGUGAUAUAAAUGUAGAUCUCCUUAGUUCACGCAUUGUGAUACACACUUUAGAAACACAUGAGGGAUGCACACAUGAAGUAGCUAUGCCGCCAAACCAUGAGUAUGCACCACUCCUGCCUUUGACUUCGGAGCCCGCCAAACAGUACAGUUUCAUAUUGGACCCUUUUCAAAAAGAGGCAAUAAUGUGCAUAGACAACUUGCAAUCAGUAUUAGUGUCUGCACAUACUUCUGCAGGAAAAACAGUUGUUGCAGAAUAUGCUAUAGCACUCUCUUUGAAAAACAAGCAAAGAGUAAUAUACACCACACCAAUUAAAGCUCUAUCUAAUCAAAAGUACAGAGAGUUCUCAGAAGAGUUUCUUGAUGUGGGUCUCAUCACGGGGGAUGUGACCAUUAACCCUUCAGCAUCAUGUCUUAUUAUGACUACAGAGAUUUUAAGAAAUAUGUUAUACCGAGGCUCUGAAAUUAUGCGUGAAGUUGGUUGGGUAGUUUUUGACGAAAUUCACUACAUGAGAGAUAAAGAGAGGGGUGUUGUAUGGGAAGAAACCUUGAUUCUCUUACCGGACAAUGUGCACUACGUGUUUCUAUCGGCGACGAUUCCGAACGCGCGGCAGUUCGCCGAGUGGGUGUGCCGCCUGCACUCGCAGCCCUGCCACGUGGUGUACACCGAGUACCGCCCCACUCCGCUGCAGCAUUACAUAUUCCCCGCUGGUGGGGAUGGCAUUCAUCUUGUGGUCGAUGAGAAGGGCCAAUUCAAGGAGGACAAUUUUAACACAGCGAUGGCAGUACUAAGCAACGCUGGGGACGACGCCAAGGGUGACUCCGCCCGCGGCCGGCGGGGCGGAGCGCGCAACCACAACCAGACAAACAUCUUCAAUAUUGUGAAGAUGAUCAUGGAGAGGAAUUUCGCGCCUGUCAUUAUUUUCAGCUUUAGCAAGAAGGAAUGUGAAGCAUAUGCGAUGCAGAUGGCUAAACUGGAUUUUAACACAAUUGAAGAGAAGAAAUUAGUAGACGAAGUGUUUAACAAUGCUAUGGACGUGUUGACGGAGGAGGAUCGCAAGUUGCCGCAAGUGGAGAAUGUGGUCCCACUUCUGCGACGAGGUAUAGGGAUCCAUCAUGGCGGACUACUGCCCAUACUCAAGGAAACUAUUGAGAUUCUAUUCGGAUUGGGGCUGAUAAAGGCCCUUUUUGCAACGGAAACCUUUGCCAUGGGUUUAAACAUGCCUGCCAGGACAGUAGUGUUUACAAGUUGUCAGAAGUUUGACGGAAAGGAUUUCAGAUUUAUAUCGUCAGGAGAAUACAUCCAAAUGUCAGGGCGCGCUGGUCGCCGUGGUUUGGACGACAAAGGUAUCGUGAUUCUGAUGAUCGAUGACAAGAUCACGCCGACUGUCGUCAAGGGCAUGGUGCAGGGUAAAGCCGACCCCAUCAACUCGGCAUUCCAUCUCACAUACAAUAUGGUAUUAAACCUGCUGAGAGUGGAAGAAAUCAACCCAGAGUAUAUGUUGGAGCGGAGUUUCUUUCAAUUCCAGAAUCAAGCUGCGAUUCCUGACCUUAUUGACAAGGUGAAGGCGAAGCAGAAAGAGUACUCUGUAGUCAGCGUAGAACAAGAGCACUCUAUAGCAGCGUACUGCAGUCUCCGUUCACAGUUGCAGCUGUUGGGAGCGCAGUUCCGCUCCUACAUUACUAGGCCCGAGUACCUCAAACCUUUCCUACAACCAGGCAGGCUUGUUAAGGUUAAAACAGAAAAAUACGAGUACGACUGGGGUAUAAUAGUGAACUUCCGGCACAAGACGAAGGGCAAAGGCAAGAGGCCUCAAGAAGAGAAUCCGUUGACCGCGGAGCAGGCGAUAGUUGUGGACAUUCUGCUGCACGUGAAGAAACCGCAGUCUGGAGAUGCGGAUACAAAUAUUCCAUGCCCUCCGGGAGAUACCGGCGAAGUGGAAGUUGUUCCAGUCCUACACACGCUCAUCUACCAAGUGAGUUCACUGCGCGUGUACUACCCUAAAGAUCUACGGCCGCCUGACAGCCGAAAGUCCGUCCUAAAGACCAUAGGAGAAGUCAAAAAAAGGUUCCCUAAUGGCCCGCCGCUGUUGAACCCCAUUAAAGAUAUGAAGAUUGAGGAUAAGGUUUUUACAGAAUGUGUUGAGAAAAUUAAAGAAUUAGAAGAAAGAUUAUACGCACAUCCCCUCCAUAACGACAAGAACCGUGGGGCGCUAACAGCAGCUUACGAGCGGAAACAAGAACUGUAUGAAGAAUUAAUCGCGGCCAAGGCGGAGUUGAAGAAAGCCAAGAGCAUAUUACAAAUGGACGAACUCAAGAAGAGGAAACGUGUGUUACGUCGAAUGGGGUACUGUACGGCCGCUGAUGUUAUUGAACUGAAGGGCAGGAUAGCUUGCGAAUUAAGUAGCGCGGACGAGCUGCUCCUGACCGAGUUGAUAUUCAACGGCGUGUUCAACACACUGACCCCGGAACAGAGCGCCGCGCUCGUCAGCUGCUUCGUGUGCGACGAGAACUCCUCGCAGCUGUCCGCCGCCGGGGAGGAGCUCAGGGGAGUGCUGAGGCAGCUCCAGGAAUACGCGCGCAGAAUAGCAAAAGUCUCGAUCGACGCCAAGAUGGAUCUCGACGAAGACGAGUACGUCAGCAAGUUCAAGUCUACGCUCAUGGAUGUGGUGCUCUCCUGGGCUAAAGGCGCCAGCUUCCUGCAGAUCUGCAAGAUGACCGAUGUGUUUGAAGGGUCAAUAAUCCGCUGCAUGCGUCGUCUCGAGGAGGUUCUUCGGCAGCUGUGCCAAGCUGCCAAGAACAUCGGCAAUACAGACUUGGAGAAUAAGUUCAGUGACGCCAUCAAAUUGCUCAAGAGAGACAUUGUGUUUGCAGCCAGUCUUUACAUGUGAAUCAAUAUAGGUUUUUAUAUGUC